CAUUUCGUCGGAUCCUGGAGCCCUAGUUGAGCCUUCAGUUCACUGUUCGUACGUUGCUUCAUUUCCGCGAUCAAAACCAUUGAAUCCGCUUCGUUGUAUUGUAAUUCUCUCUGGAAGACGAAGAUCACUCAGUGAUAGAUGGGUCAGAUUCAGUACUCUGAGAAGUACUUCGACGACAUUUAUGAGUACAGGCACGUGGUUCUCCCACCCGAAGUCGCAAAGUUGCUUCCUAAGAAUCGUCUGCUCUCGGAAAAUGAAUGGCGUGCAAUUGGAGUUCAGCAGAGUCGUGGGUGGGUGCACUAUGCUAUUCAUCGUCCCGAACCGCAUAUCAUGCUAUUCAGGAGGCCCCUGAACUACCAACAGCAGCAGGAGAAUCGCACUCAACAAAAUGCGCUUGCUGCUAAAUGAUUGCUUCGUUAAAUGCGCUUGCUGCUAAAUGAUUGCUUCGUUUUACUGAUUUUGUGAAGUGCUACUAUCCAGAAAGAAAGGAGUUAAUAUUCAGUCAUAAGCAUAUAAUGGUGUUAAAAUGAAAUAUCCUGGUGUCUGUGGUCAAUUCUCUUGCUUAGAAAAUCGGCAGGAGUUUCUAUGUUUACUUGAACUCUGUAUGUUUGUAGAGGAGGCUUAUAUAUAUGCAUACGCCCUGUAUCUUUGCUGGACACUGCAAUUUCUUGAAUUUAGAAGCAAACAUGGGUUUUAUGGAUCUUGAUCCUUAA